GUGAAAUUUAUAUUGUUCAGUCUGAACGCAGAUUUGCCGCGUGUUUGUGUUUACUCGUGUUUCGAAACUUUUUUUUUCGACACGAGGUGUGCACUGUGCACUGCGCGGUGUGUUUAAAAAUCUAGAUUUUUUCCAUGUUUAAAUUGGAUUAACAGUUUAAAUUGAAGUUGUGAGAGUGAAGUGCUAGUGAAAAUGUUGGCUUCAGCUGUGUCGGCCAAUUUGAGCCGACAGACGUUGUCUUCUGUGUUUCAAAUGAGAAGGUCCGUGGAUCGACCACUCAUUAUGAGUCGAACAGAGAAGCCGUCGUUGGCGAGCCGUCCGCCGCCGCCGGCGACCAUAGUCCCCAAGUCGGCGGACGGGCCGCGCCCACCGGGGUGGAACGGCCAGCCGCGCCGGCACGGCUCCAGUCGCUUCAACGUACACAACCACAACCAGGAGCUCGUCAAAUUACCACCCAUCAAAGACGCACCAGCGGCUGAACGGGAACAGCUAUUCGUGCAGAAGCUGCGACAAUGCUGCCUGCUGUUCGACUUCGCGGACGAGCCGCUGUCCGACCUCAAGUGGAAGGAGGUGAAGCGGGCGGCGCUGCUGGAGAUGGUGGAGUACGUCACAUCGCAGAGGGGCGUCAUCACCGAGGCCAUAUACCCGGAGGCGGUUAAUAUGUUUGCCAUAAACCUGUUCCGGACAUUACCUCCGUCGUCCAACCCGAAUGGCGCGGAGUUCGACCCGGAGGAGGACGAGCCCACGCUGGAGGCGGCCUGGCCGCACCUUCAGCUGGUGUACGAGCUCUUCCUGCGCCUGCUGGAGUCGCCCGACUUCCAGCCCAACGUCGCCAAGAAGUACAUCGACCAGAAGUUUGUGCUCCAGCUGCUGGAGUUGUUCGACACAGAGGAUCCGCGGGAGCGCGACUUCCUCAAGACGACCCUACACAGGAUAUACGGGAAGUUUCUAGUCCUACGCGCCUACAUCAGGAAACAGAUUAACAAUGUAUUCUAUAGGUUUAUAUACGAGACGGAGCACCACAACGGCAUCGCGGAGCUGCUGGAGAUCCUGGGCUCCAUCAUCAACGGGUUCGCGCUGCCGCUCAAAGAGGAACACAAAUUAUUUUUACUUAGGGUACUGCUGCCGCUGCACAAAGUGAAGUCGCUGUCGGUGUACCACCCGCAGCUGGCCUACUGCGUCGUGCAGUUCCUGGAGAAGGACCCCUCGCUCACGCAGCCAGUUGUUAGGGCGCUACUGAAGUACUGGCCGAAGACGCACUCGCCGAAGGAGGUGAUGUUCCUGAACGAGAUGGAGGAGAUCCUGGACGUGAUCGAGCCCGCCGAGUUCCAGAAGAUCAUGGACCCGCUGUUCCGCCAGCUCGCCAAGUGCGUCUCCAGCCCGCACUUUCAGGUGGCGGAGCGCGCGCUAUACUACUGGAACAACGAGUACAUAAUGUCGCUGAUCACGGACAACGCGACGCACAUCCUGCCCAUCAUGUUCCCCUCCCUCUACCGCAACACCAAGAGCCACUGGAACAAGACCAUACACGGCCUCGUCUACAACGCCCUCAAGCUCUUCAUGGAGAUGAACCAGAAGCUGUUCGACGAGUGCACGCAGCAGUACAAGCAGGAGAAACAGAAGGAGCACGAGCGUCUACAGCAGCGCGAGGAGAUGUGGCAGCGUCUGGAGGCGCGCGCUGCGGCCAACCCCGCGGCGGACGACAUCCUGCGCCCGCGCACCGCCGCCGGCGACGCCCCGCGCGACCCCGCCCCCGAGCCGCCCGACAUGACGCUGCCCCGCAUCGAACCCGACGAGGCAACAAGAAAACAAACCUAUAACAACGCUACGAAGCCCCUGCUACGGAAGAAAUCGGAGCUGCCGGCCGACACGUCGACGGUGAAGGCGCUGCUGGAGCACAAGCGCGCCGACCCCUUCCUCCCCGCGCCACCCGACUCCGACCGCUGCUAGCGCCCGCCCGUCCCGCGCCGCCAGACCCGCCCCGACCGCUAGCACCCGCCCCUAGUGCGCUACUAGCCCCGCCCCUCUUGCACUGCUAGCCCCGCCCGACCGUUAGCGCCCAGGCUGCUACAACUAUUACUAACAAUCCGACCGCUCUUAGCUCCUGCUCGUCAGACCCGCAUCGACCGAUUCCGCUCAACAUAAAUUGUGAUACCCCCGACAACUGCUACGGACACCAUCCAACUUCCAAUUUGUUGUUAGCGUCCAUCACAAAAAUACUGCUAGUCGUCUGUGCCUGCCAUAAUACCGCUGUUGGCGCUAUACCCUUUAUUACCGAUACCAAAACACACCAACAUGGUUCUGUUGUUAUCCACUAUCAACAAAAUAAAUAUGUCCCUCCUCGCCUCAUACUUUUUGCAUAUCCCGAAACGCCUUUUCUAUUAGUAACCAAUCUUAAGAACUCAAAAUCGUAAAGGGCGGGUUGUAUAGUAGUCUAUAAAGCAAGAAGAUAUUAUUGCAUUUUGCGAAUGAUAAACUAAUUGGGUCGCUAGUUACGCAAAUAAGACUUUCAAUCAAAAUUAUUGCUGCCAAUAUUUGUUUGUAGCAAUCUGACAAAUCAAUCAAAUACAAUGCUAUCAUGUAAAAUUAACCAAAAUAUCGUUGUCGCCCGAGCGGGAAAAAAAUAUGUAAGUAUUCUGAGUUUUUCGAUUGUUUUAAAUAUUAUAAUAGAAUGCAAUAUAAUAAAAAAAUAUAAUUUUUACAAGAUUUAUAUAUAAUAUGAAUGUUGAACAUUUAAUUUGUGAGUAGUUAAUUUAUUUAAAUUACAUUAUUUCAUCGCAUUGCUGGACAAGACUUAUUAGGAAGUAAUUUAAGAUAACAGUACUCGUAUUCCAAAUUCCUAUGUCGUUGUUAAAUCGCUUGAUAACCACAGUGAGUGUUACAUAGAAGCACAUCGCAUUUACUAAGUAACGAUUUGUAUAAAGUAGAUAGCACACACAAUUCAACCACGCCGGGGUGGAGUGAAGAAAUCCUGUUAACUUUACAACCCAAUUUAUACACUAAGCUUCUAUCUUUCAGUAAAAUGUUUUUCACGCCACCUUGGCCUCCGUUUGUUAUACAAAUAUUUAGAUGUACACAACCCACCAGCAUUUCAAUCUAGUAUUGUAAAUAAAUUGCCAGUUUCGGCAAAAAUUAACACUAUCAAAGUAUUAAAUUGUUCGUAUAUAAUAAAACAUUCGAGAACAACAGACGAGAACUUCGUUUUUACGGCAGUUAUAAACACUACUAAAAUACAAGACUCGUUUCAGGAUUUCAUUUUCAUACAUACUCGCUUCCUCUACCUUUGUAUCUAUCACAAACGUUUUCUUCUGUCGCUAUAUUUAAAAG